CCAGUUGAACACAAAUCCAAUCUAGAGAUGGCUCGUAUAAACUUUUAUGAGUACAUUGUUUUCAUUCUAUUUUCCCUCCUUAUCUUGCACACUUUUUCCAUAAUUGCUCACUCAGAAAAACUAGAUGAGAAGAAACCAUGCAAGAGAUUUGUGUUAUAUUACCAUGACAUCCUCUUCAAUGGCACCAAUGCCGCUAAUGCCACAUCAGCAGCUGUCGCGAAACCUACGAAGCUUGGGAACUACAAACAUGGGAUGCUUGUGGUCUUUGAUGAUCCCAUUACUAAAGAUAACCACCUCCUAUCUCCCCCUGUGGCUCGGGCGCAAGGAUUUUACUUCUAUGAUAUGAAGACCGAGUAUAAUGCUUGGUUUUCAUAUACUUUGAUUUUCAAUUCCACAGAACAUAAAGGAACAAUUAACAUUAUGGGUGCAGACAUGAUGGGUGAGGAAACAAGGGAUCUUUCAGUUGUUGGUGGCACUGGAGAUUUCUUUAUGACUCGAGGGAUUGCUACAUUUCGUACGGAUGUUGCACAAGGUGCUUACUAUUUUCGACUUGAAAUGGAUAUCAAGUUGUAUGAAUGUUAUUGAAUAAGGUUGUGUGUGUUGAGUUAUAAGGUUGAUGUUAUGAAUACAUCAAUUAUAAUGACUCCACAUGUUUAACUCCUAUUAAUUACUCUUGUAUUAAUGUAAGGGCCUAUAAAUAGAGCCAUUCUAUCUCAUGUUGAAAUGUUAUCAAAAAAACCAUUAUCUCAUUUUGUUCU